AUGCAGGCUAUGCCGUCCAUUGAAGGCUCUGGCGUCACUGUUACUGCCGAGGAGAGCGUGGAGGGCCGGCAGCAGAAGCCUAAGACCUUACCAUGUAAGUUCUGCGACAAGCGCUUUAGGGAUCUCCUCGUCCGUCACGAGAAACUCGUCCACCUCAAUGAAGGGUCUAAUAAGGAUGGCAACCGGCCCCGGAAGCCGUCCACGGCUGGCGCUGCCCAACCGCGGCUCUCAGUAGACAGCCAUGUCGACACCGAAAUGAUGGGUGUGCCACGGGCUCACCCGCAGCAUUAUCAUUCGGAUUCUAUGUCCUCAUCCGUAGUUGUUCCUCCGCUUGCUCCUGACCCUCGUCAUUCUGCCAGAGCCGCAGCGUGUAAUCUUGACCUUUUAUCUGAUGCUGCAACCCAGAUCGCCUCCGCAAACGAGGUCAAUUCGAUGCAACCGAUGAUGCAGGAUCUCGGUCAGUCGGGGAGUGGGUUAACACGCAUCAAGUCAUACGACGAGGGUAUGCCGUAUGCCGAUCGUGGACGUGAGCCCGAGCCGGUCCCGAUGUCUGUGGGACUACCUAAUCCGGCGGCACCGCCUGCUUUUGACGAUUACAACCUCUUCCUGGACGAAUUUGCGACAUCAUCUCAUUUCCUCCCACAAGGCUUCGAAGCGGAUCAGGGCAUGAGUAUUUGGCCACGCCAUCUUGCGGAUAUCCAUCGAGGCGCGCUCUCAAAACCAUCGUCACAGUUUCCCUCCCGCUUCCCGUCGCUAGCCCCUGAUCCGAGAGACCCGUCGGAAAGUGGCAACAGGACGCAUGACGAGUCGACGAGAGCGCAGCCUAUGAGAGUCUCUGCUAUGGACCAUACAGUCAUCAAAAACCGACUAGAUGAGUUCUCAUCAGUGUUGCCCAACGAUUUCGUGUUCCCCUCUCGACACACAUUUACUCGUUUUUUGGAAGGGUAUAUAAGCGGGUUUCAUGAACACCUACCGAUCCUACAUUUACCGACUAUCACGGCCGCCGAGAUGGCACCAGAACUCUUGUUGGCUAUUUUGGCAGUGGGGGCCCAAUAUAGGUUUGAGAGCCAUCGAUCAAAUGCUCUGUGGUACGCAGCGAAGGCGGUAGCGCUUGAGCAAAUCCGACGCCGCCAUAGUCAUGAGGUCCAUGGUUUGUUGCCUACGCCGGCAGCGUAUAGUCCACAUUCUACACGGCCAUCUCCCAGCCACGGCUUUCGCCAUUCAUUCAGUUCCGUCCAGCAAGAGCGUCCAAUGACCCAAGAUACGCACCGGGAACCAUAUUCGCCCAAUACACCUCAAUCCCGAAUGGAGACUAUACAGGCUCUACUGCUGCUCUUUGCCGUCGGCCUCUGGGGUGCCAAAGCCAUCCUUCGCGAAGCCCUGUCGUUACAGAGCCUUCUGGCUCUUCUGGUGCGUGAAGAGGGCUUUUUAUCGGAGUCCACGCAAACGGCAGACUGGGAAGCAUGGGUCCGAAUAGAAGGGGCCAACCGCACAAAGCUCAUUACGUACUGCUUCUUCAACCUUUGCAGCAUCGCUUACAAUAUGCCGCCUCUAUUACUUACAUCGGAACUCAGCCUCAUUCUUCCACAUUCUGCAAAACUCUGGAGAGCGGAAACGGCUUGGCAAUGGCAAGAAGCUCGUCAGUCUUUCCCAAGUAUGGACAUAUCCCUCCAAGAUGCUUUUUCGAGACUAUUUAGUCGACCCUCGCAAGGGCCUCCGGCAUACAUGUCCUCCCUCGGCAACUACAUCCUAAUUCAUGCCAUAUUGCAACAUAUUUUCCUCCUAAAGCAGACAUCAUUCAACUCGGUAUCUAUCUUUGGCGGGCUCCGUCCAGAUGACGUGGAAGAUUGCUUUCAGGCCUUACGUAUCUGGCAAAUGAGCUUCGAACAGCAUCAGGCGCGUGUGACAGAAGGCGCCCAGCAGAACGGCUCGGACGUAUUCCAUGGAGGUCCUGUUGCUUAUAAUUCGACCGCACUUUGGCGACUAGCUUCGAUCCGGUUGUAUACCGAUUUGAGCCCGAGUAGGACUCUUGAAACAAGGGACGCAAAUCAAAUCGCCCAAUCGUUCCACGAUGCACCAUAUCUUGUGCGCAGUGUACGGCUCAAUCGAGCCGUAUUUCAAGCCAUACACGCGUUGUCUAUGCUGGUGAAAGUGGGCGUUAACUACGUGGCAAGAAGAAAAUCGUCAGAAUGGAGUAUGCAACAUUCAUUAUGUAACCUAGAAUGCGCUAUACUUCUUUCGAAGUGGCUAAUGACUCUUUCCUCGAUCGGACCGACGGGUGCUCCUCCAGAAGUCGACGAACGGAACCUCCUUGAGAUGCUACGCACCAUGCUUGACGAAACGGAGUUCGCAGUGCCUAUCGACCCUUCGCUUUCUGGAGGUCCAGGACAUGGCCCGUCAAAUACGGACCUGGCCGCCAAUGAUGGUACAAAAUUGCGUCAGCUUGCUGUGGCGGUAAUCCGCCUUUGGGCUGAAACAUUCAAGGGGUCACACAUUUUCGACAUCGUCAAAGUAAUCGGCGCUGGAUUGGAGGGUUACGCAGAUCUGCUGGAGAAGCCGCGGGAUAGGACGCCCUUAGGUCGCAUGGUGCCCAAUUCGGGACUUGGCUAA